AUGGAAGAUUUAUGGACCGAAGCGGUAACAGUUCCUAACGACAACACCCACAUCUUCGGUGACCAAACAGAUGUUGUUAGAAUAGCAAAUGUUGCAGCAUAUAAGGGGGAAGUGUUUUUCAUUGGCAUAAUCCCACUUGAGGACAUCAAACACAGACAGUCAGAGAAGAACCAGAGUCGCUUCCCCAGAAAAGCUGACAAUUUGGGAGAAUCUAAUAGUGCCUUGCACACUGAACCUUCAAAUGAAGAGGACAACGCUACUCUUCCGCUUGAAUUUGUAGCAUAUACUGUGCAAUGUCUCAGCUGGAAUGAAGAGAAAGGAUGGAAACCUGAUUGCGAAGCUCUGAUUUUCGCUGAAAAUAUCACAUGUUCGUGCCCGAGUAUAAACCGGAUCACCAGUAUAUCUUACUCCAAUGUUCCUAUAGACACUAUUGACUUACGGAGCUACGCCAGAGCCGACGGAGUGGAGCAGGACGACAACUACGUGAUCGCUUUCCUGGUGAUGAUGCUGCUGGCGGCGUUCCUGCCGCUGAGCGCCUGGGGCCACCAGUGGGACUGCGGGGACGAGCCGCGCUUCGGGCUGACCUCACUCCCCGACAACAAGCCCGAGCACCGGCACGAGUACCUGGUGGCGGUGUACACGGGCCGCAUGCCGGGCUCGGGGACCACCUCCUCGCUGGCCAUGCAGCUGCAAGGCGCGCUCGGCGCCAGCGACGUGCACGUGCUGGACGGCGUGUGGCGCGACAUCCUGCGCACGGGCGGCCGCGACUGGUUCUCCCUGCGCACCGCCGCGCCGCUGGGCGAGCUGCAGCAGCUGCGCCUGUUCCACGGCCACGCGGGCGCGCGCCCCACCUGGUACUGCGACCGCGUCAUGGUGCUGGAGCCCUCGCCCCCGCCCAUUCCUGCUGCUCCCCGCUGCUACUUCUUCCUGGUGCGGCGCUGGUUCUCGCCCGCCACCGCCGGCUGCUCCGUGCCGCGCGCCCCCUCCCGCCGGCUGCACGCGCUGUUGCCGCGCUUCUCCCGCGCGCUCGAGCGCCAGUUCGACAACGGCUACCACAGCUGGUUCGGCAUGUUCCACAGCCAUCCAGAAAGCAACUUCACCCGCUACCAGAGAAUUUGCGCAGCCAUGAUGCAGCUGUCGCUCUUUCUGAUCGUGUCCAUGGAAAUGCAGAAGCUGCUUGUCAACGACGACCCGACGUCUUCAGCCGGCAGCUAUGGGAACUACGCGCUACAAUGGACGGAUAUUUUCGGGGGAUUUGUCGCAGCUGUCUUCACAUUCGUUGCGCACUGCAUCCUGGCAGAGCUGUACAGGAGGACUGCCUCUGGAAACAGGCAUCGGUUCUCGACCAUAGUCUACCAGGAACUCGGGCAAAGCGCGGCGUCCCCCACCGCCAGUCCGGAUUACGUGACAUUCCGCAGGCUUCCUUCGGGAACGGGGAACCCAGCUGAAACACGGGAGGAAGCAACCAGUCUUUCCACAAGCGUGACGACAAAAGACUAUUCUUUCCCGAUCCCUUACAAGUUCCUCUACUUGUGGUGGUCCAUAACGUAUGCCGUGAUAACAAUCUGCUUCUUCGUGGCUACGAGUAACAGCGUGACUUAUUCGUGGGUGGCAAGCCUUAAACUGUUGACCAGCUUUUUCGUGUCCUUCAUUAUCAGUGUAUUUGUACUGGAGCCUAUUAGAUUGCUUACUGUGUCAAUAUUCUGUACAUUCUGGGACAGAAACAUAAGAAUAGACGACCGCAGGUACUUCCCGAAGGAAAUGACAUGGAAGGAAAAAAAGGCAGCAGAAACGUCCAAAAGUAGCAGUGUAAAUGUAACAUUGUCGUUGGUGAAGCUAAAGCUACUGCAUCGGAACAACAAAAUGGAAAUUAAAUUUCUAAGAUUCCUAUCAGAGUUCUUUCUGUAUGUCGCGGUAAUUGUCAUGAUUUUGAUCAUGGUCGAUCAGAUUGAAGAGUAUAAACCCCAUACGCGGAUUGGAAGCACCACACCAGAGUUUAGAAACAUUCCAAAAAGCUAUACAAGAAAUGAGCAGAUAUCAAGUCAAGGCCAGUUCAUGGAAUACAUACAGGGAACACUUUUACCUGAGAUGUAUGGCACUGCUGGUGUUGGCAGUUUGUUUGGUGUGCCUCGUCUCAAGCAAAUACGAUCAGAUAGGUAAGCAAACAACCUUUAGCUCUUUUUUCUUUUAAGUAUCUCAAAUUAUGUCUUUUUUGUUUGUAGUCUAAAGUACCAUGUUAUUUCUGAUAUUUAAAGGUGUGUCGCCAUUUACUACAAUAAUCUGAACUUGGGAUACCGGUGCCUGGAUGACUACAAAGUGAUUGCAGGAGAUACGAAAGAUUAUGUGCCAACGUGGACCCAAGUUAGACAUUGGCGCUCGAAGAGGCAAUCACCGGCAGACUCAACAGACUCGGAAUGGCGCUACCAGGCAAUGGAACUGCCUCACAUCAGUGGGAAUCUAUCCUGGUACCAAAGUGGUGGUUACAUAGCACAUUUGAAACGAAAUUACGACGAAACCUCCGUGGCACUGAGAUCUCUGCUGGCCGCGGAAUGGAUCGACUCCAUGACAAUGGCUGUUUUCGCGGAAUACUCGCAGUACAUUCCCAAUCGUGAAUCAGUUUUCAUGGUGCGUCUCAUGGGGGAAAGGAUAGCAUCGGGUGGAUACGCAACACACUUGAAAACCGAUAUUUUUAAAUUGCAUCUUCAAAACUCAACAAGUGAAAUAUUUUUCACUGCAACGUUAUUUAUGCUUGCCAUCCUCUUGGGCGCGAUUCUUUGUAUAGAGGUACAUCAGAUUUCCAGCUCACGGUCGUACUCGUAUGUAAAAGGCACAUGGAAUAUUAUCAGUUUAGGAUUAAUAGGGAUAGGCGCCAUCGUAAUUGCAUUGUGCAUUCACAGAAGUGUCUUGUUCGAAGAGGACACAAGACAGUCUACAUCUUAUGAGCUAGAGAGAUACUUCAAUUUCUAUCCAGCAAUAGACAUAGACAAGCUGAUAUUGGGGCUCCUGACUAUAAUGCUGGUCGUCAUUAUACUGAAGGUAAAUUAAAAAUUGGUUAUGUCAUGUUUGUGAUUAUGUAAACUACACCCAGUUACGACAUUUUGACUAUGACUUUAUGUGAUUGUUUUUAUGCUUGCAGGGUUGGCAAAUCCUCUCUUCUUGGACACAGUUCAGAACAAUCGCAUCCGUUCUAUGUGCAUCGACUCUAACCCUGUCAUCUUUUGCAAUGUUAUUGUGGAUCGUCUUGGCUGCGUUUGCUACGUUCGGCUAUUUCAUAGCAUUUUCUCAUUCGAUCUCUUUUCGUAACCCUGUCAGAGCUUUUAUCACAUCUCUGCACUUAUUGAUGGGUUACUUUACGCUAAACACAGUAACUGUGAUACCUUUAGGGUAUAUUUAUUUCAUUUUAGGAUUAAUAUUUCUGACCCUUUUAUUCUCUUGGGGGUUUAAAGUGCUCAUUAUCAAGAAGUAUUACACGUUCCAGAAAAAUGUCCCCUUACCAGAAACAAAAGAGAUGGUUUUUGGAAAGGCUGUGGAAUAUCUUUUUAGUGAAGUUAAACAUGAUAAACUACAACUGCUUUCAAACUCAUCGAGAGCACUCUAUACUCUCGAACAACAUAUAAAAAGCCAUUUUGGAAGAUCUGCAAGCAUAGGAGACUUUAUUAGACUACAAAAAAACCUAACAACAGUUAAAAUCGUUGUUGCUACAGAAAAUUUCGAUAAGCAGAUAGCCGAACUAGCAAAAAAGUUAAAAUAAAACGCAUACUUAUUGUAGUAAAAACCAAAAUAAAUUGAUAAAUAAAUAAUAAUGGUUGGCCAGU